AGCUACGGGUGGACUGUAGAUAGCUGGCCCGGGGAUAGAUCCGCGGGCAACUGCAGAAUUGAGGCGCCAUGUCGCGGCACUCCAAGCACUCCAAUGACCGGAUGUUCUUCACCGCCAAAGAGCGGGCCGACGCGGGUUUCACGAAGACCCGCAAGGAAGUCAUGAGCACGGACUGUUUCCUGCCCUUCGGCUUCUGCUCGCUGACCUUGAAGGCGCCCAAGGACCCGGUGGUUACGCCCGAGGGGAACAUCUUCGAGCGGGAAGCGAUUUUGGAGUGCUUGCUGCAGCAGAAGCUGGACAUCCAGGCCCAGCAGAAGAAGUUUGAGGAGCAGGAAAGAAAAAAGGAGCAGAGACUUCAGAGUCUGGACAAGGAGGAGGAGCUAAAGCAACUGGAGGCCUUCACCCGGGCCGAGCAGGGCCUGCUAUCGGAGGACCAUCGCCACAAGCGAGCCCUCGACAAGGCGGCCCAGGUCAACGACGCCGCGCCACAGAAGAAGCUGCGGCAGGGCGAGCUGUUAGUCAAGGACAAGAGCCAAAUGCGAGCCAAGAGCUUCUGGACCAAGGAGUUCACGCCAACCGCGGCGCCCACAGAGAUAAAGAAGGUGGACGCCAUCACUAGAUGUCCGAUGACGGGGAAGAAGCUGAAGGUCAAGGACCUCAUCCAGGUGAAGAUGGAGGUGGCGGACCAGAAGCUCAUGGACCAAGGGGGUGGCAAGGGAGUCUACUGCUGCGCGGUCUCCAAGAAUCCCAUUGUCCAUCAGCAGGCGCUGCUGCUGAAGCCUAGCGGAGUGGUGAUCCUAGAGAGCGUGUGGAAAGACAUCGUCAGCAAGGAGAUGAAGUGCCCGGUGACGGGGAAGAAGCUGAAAGGAGAGGAGGAUCUCUUGAAGCUUCAGCGGGGAGGCUCCGGGUUCAGCGCCCACAACGACGUGGAAGCAAAGUCCUUCACCAUGAUCCGCAGCGCCAUCGGGGACAACCGCACCCAGCAGGGGCACCUGCCCCGCGCGGGCUAUGCGGGCCUCCACUGAUGCGGGCACGGUAGCGGCCUUCUCCGAGCCGUCGAAACAAGCAGACAAAAACACACUUUCG